AUGGCUGCCCUCGCGUCCAAGCAGCAGUCGCUCAAGAUCUUCGACAAGCUCAAGACCAAGCCGGCAAACAAGAUCUGCUUCGACUGCGGCCAGAAGAACCCUACAUGGACGUCCGUACCCUUUGGCAUCUAUCUCUGCCUCGACUGCUCCUCGAACCACCGUAAUCUCGGUGUCCACAUCUCCUUUGUCCGCUCCACAAACCUCGAUCAGUGGCAAUGGGAUCAACUUCGCGUGAUGAAGGUGGGCGGCAAUGAGUCUGCCACCAAGUUCUUCCAGCAGAAUGGCGGUACGGCCGCCCUGAACAGCAAGGACCCCAAGACAAAAUACCAAUCCAAUGCGGCGACCAAGUACAAAGACGAGCUCAAGAGGCGCGCUGCGAGGGACGCCCAGGACUUCCCUGGUGAGGUUGUUAUUGACGGCGCUGACGCUGAGGCUGCCGGUACCCCUGCUGGCGAGCCCGACGACGACUUCUUCUCCUCCUGGGACAAGCCGGCCAUCAAGCGCCCCACGCCCCCCAUCUCGCGGACGGCGACACCCACCGGCCGAACACCGUCGCCCUUCCUGAACACCAACAACGGCAAGGAUGUUACCCGCUCGACCUCACCGCUCGCCAAGACCGAGUCCGGCGAGGCGGCUGCCGCCAGGCCUGCCGCCGGGCGCAUCACGUCCUCCGCUGCCCUGCGCAAGACAGGCACGGCUGGCGCUCCUCGCAAGGCGAAUGUUCUGGGCGCGAAGAAGGUGACCAGCAAGUUGGGCGCGAAGAAGGUCACCAGCGACCUCAUCGACUUUGACGAGGCGGAGAAGAAGGCCAAGGAGGAGGCUGAGCGCAUCGAGAAGCUCGGAUACGACCCAAAUGCCGAGGAGGAGAAGGUUGACGAGGGCAAGGGCGCCACACCCCUGACGUCGCCCACGUCCGUCAGCCCAUCCGCCGCCACGACCAGCUCACAUACCCGCCAAAAGUCAAACGCUGAGGUUGAGCGACUGGGCAUGAGUGUUGGACGACUCGGUUUUGGUCAGGUUGGAGGUGGAAAGGCUGUUGCGCCGGCGGCGAAGAAGAACGCUGGUGGCUUCGGCUCGGUGGGACCUGUCAAGGCGUCUACUCAAGAUGAAUCCGAAAACUUUGCGCGCUCCAAGUUUGGCACUCAGAAGGGUAUCUCGUCCGACGAGUACUUUGGUCGCGGUACCUUUGACUCCAACGCGCAGAACGAGGCCAAAACGCGACUGCAGGGCUUCGAGGGCGCCACAUCCAUCUCGUCCAACGCGUACUUUGGCCGACCCGAGGACGAGGAUGAUGGCGAGGACUAUGGCGAUCUCGAGACCGCUGCCAAGGACUUUGUGCGCCGCUUUGGCAUCACAGCCGGCGACGAUCUCGAGAACCUGAGCAACAUUGUUGGCGAGGGUGCUACGAAGCUGCAGGGCGCCAUCCGGUCAUACCUCGGCAGCUGA